CGCCCCUCCAGGAAGGGGAGGAGGCGAGGGGAGCCCGCCGCCGAGGCCGAGCGAGCCCCCUGCCCAGCCCGGCGCCCGGGGACCCCGGCACGUGAGGUGGACGCCCCCCGGGAGCGCCCGGGUGCAGAGCCCGGCGCGGAGGUCUUGAGUCAGAGUUCCAGCCUUGGGGACCCUGGACCUCUAUCAUGGAGACUGAGAGCGAGCAGAACUCCAGCUCCACCAAUGGGAGUUCCAGCUCUGGGGGCAGCUCUCGGCCCCAGAUAGCUCAGAUGUCACUGUAUGAACGGCAGGCAGUGCAGGCUCUGCAAGCACUGCAGCGUCAGCCCAAUGCGGCUCAGUAUUUCCACCAGUUUAUGCUCCAGCAGCAGCUCAGCAAUGCCCAGCUGCAUAGCCUGGCUGCCGUCCAGCAGGCUACAAUUGCUGCCAGCCGACAGGCCAGCUCCCCAAACACCAGCACUGCACAGCAGCAGAGCACCACCACCCAGGCCUCCAUCAAUCUGGCCACGACGUCCGCCGCCCAGCUCAUCAGCCGAUCGCAGAGUGUGAGCUCUCCCAGUGCCACCACUUUGACCCAGUCUGUGCUCCUGGGGAACACCACCUCCCCACCCCUCAACCAGUCCCAGGCCCAGAUGUAUCUACGGCCACAGCUGGGAAACCUGUUGCAGGUAAACCGGACCCUGGGCCGGAAUGUGCCUCUAGCCUCCCAACUCAUCCUGAUGCCUAACGGGGCGGUGGCCGCAGUCCAGCAGGAGGCGCCAUCUGCUCAGUCUCCUGGAGUUCACACAGAUGCCGAUCAGGUGCAGAACUUGGCAGUCAGGAACCAACAGGCCUCAGCCCAAGGACCCCAAAUGCAAGGCUCUGCUCAGAAGGCUGUCCCUCCUGGAGCCUCUCCUGUCUCUAGCCUCUCCCAGGCCUCCAGUCAGGCCCUCGCUGUGGCUCAGGCUUCCUCUGGGGCCUCAGGCCAGUCCCUCAACCUUAGUCAAGCUGGUGGAGGCAGUGGGAAUAGCCUCCCAGGGUCCAUGGGUCCAGGUGGAGGUGGCCAGGCCGCUGGGGGCUUGGGUCAGCUGCCUUCCUCAGGAAUGGGUGGUGGCGGGAGCUGUUCCAGGAAGGGCACAGGAGUGGUGCAGCCCUUGCCUGCAGCCCAGACAGUGACUGUGAGUCAGGGCAGCCAGACAGAAGCAGAAAGUGCAGCGGCCAAGAAGGCAGAAGCAGAUGGGACUGGUCAGCAGAACGUGGGCAUGAACCUGACCCGAACAGCCACGCCUGCUCCCAGCCAGACCCUGAUUAGCUCAGCCACCUACACCCAGAUCCAGCCCCAUUCCCUGAUCCAGCAGCAGCAGCAGAUCCACCUGCAGCAGAAGCAGGUGGUGAUCCAGCAGCAGAUCGCCAUCCACCACCAGCAGCAGUUCCAGCACCGCCAGUCGCAGCUGCUGCACACCGCCACGCACCUCCAGCUGGCCCAGCAGCAGCAGCAGCAGCAGCAGCAGCAGCAGCAGCAGCAGGCCACAACGCUCACUGCCCCCCCACCUCCGCAGGCCCCCCCUACGCAGCAGGUCCCACCUUCCCAGUCCCAGCAGCAAGCCCAGACCCUGGUUGUCCAGCCCAUGCUUCAGUCCUCACCCUUGUCCCUCCCGCCCGACCCAACCCCCAAGCCACCCAUCCCCAUCCAGUCCAAACCGCCCAUGGCCCCCAUCAAGCCUCCUCAGCUAGGGGCCGCCAAGAUGUCAGCCCCCCAGCCCCCCCCACCCCACAUCCCCGUGCAAGUCGUGGGCACCCGACAGCCAGGGGCCACCCAGGCCCAGGCUCUGGGGUUGGCACAGCUGGCAGCUGCCGUCCCUACCUCCCGGGGGGUGCCAGGCACAGUGCAGCCUGGCCAGGCCCACCUGGCCUCCUCGCCACCUUCAUCCCAGGCGCCCGGGGCGCUUCAGGAGUGCCCUCCUACACUGGCCUCUGGGAUGACCCUUGCUCCUGUCCAGGGGACAGCACAUGUGGUGAAGGGUGGGGCUACCACCUCCUCACCUGUUGUAGCCCAGGUCCCUGCCGCCUUCUACAUGCAGUCUGUGCACCUGCCGGGCAAACCACAGACAUUGGCUCUGAAACGCAAGGCCGAGUCUGAGGAGGAGAGAGACGACGUCGCCCCGUUGAGCUCAGUGCUUCCUGCGAAGACAUCCCCCGCCGUCGAGAGCCCGGAGGCCUUGGAGGAGAAGGGCGGCCUCGGGGAGAAAGCUGAACCAGUGCCCGGCGUGAAUGCGAAUGCCCCGAGCAGUGAUGUGGUAGCCUUGGCCCCGGCCCCGGCAGCACCACCCCCUACGCUGGCCAUGGUGUCCAGACAGAUGGGGGACUCAAAACCCCCGCAGGCCAUUGUGAAGCCCCAGAUUCUCACCCACAUCAUUGAAGGCUUUGUUAUCCAGGAAGGAGCAGAACCUUUCCCGGUGGGUUGUUCUCAGUUUCUGAAAGAGUCUGAGAAGCCACUGCCGACUGGCCUUGCGACAGGGCUGAACGAGAAUCAGUCAGGUGGCCCCUUGGGUGGGGACAGCCCAUCUGCUGAGCUGGAUAAGAAGGCCAACCUCCUGAGGUGCGAGUACUGUGGCAAGUACGCCCCUGCAGAGCAGUUUCGUGGCUCCAAGAGAUUCUGCUCUAUGACCUGCGCGAAGAGGUAUAAUGUGAGCUGCAGCCACCAGUUCCGGCUGAAGAGGAAAAAAAUGAAAGAGUUCCAAGAAGCCAACUAUGCUCGUGUUCGCCGGCGCGGACCCCGCCGCAGCUCCUCUGACAUCGCCCGGGCCAAGAUCCAGGGCAAGCGCCACCGGGGUCAGGAGGACUCUAGCCGGGGCUCAGAUAACUCCAGUUACGAUGAAGCACUCUCUCCAACAUCUCCUGGGCCUUUGUCUGUGAGAGCAGGGCACGGAGAACGUGACCUGGGGAACCCCAAUACAGCCCCGCCCAUACCGGAAUUACACGGCAUCAACCCUGUGUUCCUGUCCAGCAACCCCAGCCGCUGGAGCGUAGAGGAGGUGUACGAGUUUAUUGCUUCUCUACAAGGCUGUCAAGAGAUUGCAGAGGAAUUUCGUUCCCAGGAGAUUGAUGGACAGGCCCUUUUAUUACUUAAAGAGGAACAUCUUAUGAGUGCCAUGAACAUCAAGCUAGGCCCUGCCCUCAAGAUCUGCGCCAAGAUAAAUGUCCUCAAGGAGACCUAAGGUGGCCCUCUUGGCACAAACCAGCCUAAGGCAGACACUCCCCACUGUCCAGGUUAUAACCUGGGGCCAGCAGAGACUUCACGGGAAGACAGAGCUGUUCCAAUUCCAUCUUCUGUAGAGGGGAUUACUGAGACAGGGAAGAGAAGUGCAAGAAUUGGUUGCUGGUGCUAUGUGGAGGCAGCUUUGCCAUUUCUCUGGGUUCGACUUUAUUUUUUAAAUCUUUAUGACUCUCACCUACCCUAAUCCAGUCUUUAUAAAAGAGGCGGUCUAGAGAGCAUGGACUGCUCAGCCUUAUCCCAGAGCGGAGUGUCUAGCCAGGGUCUUAGCUCUCCAGGAGGAGCGAUGUACAGUGUGGUUAAGGCGAGGAGGUGGGUGGAAUGUAGGCGUGCCUCAGCAGCAGGGGAGGGAGGGUUUUCUAGCUUGUGUGACACAAGUAGCAAAAUCUGGUACUCUCCCGGCCCCCUGGAUUGUCCGACUGUAGCUGUGGCCCAGAGUGGUGUCGUCACUCCUGUAGUAUUGAACAUUUUCUCCUGCGUCCGUGGCAGGGCCACCAGCCCGCCAGUGUAGAGUCUGGGUUGGCAGCAUUCUGAUUCGCUGCAGGGACUAAAAGUGUUUGGCACACA